CAGGGUCAGGCAGGGAGAGUCUAGAGUAGGAGGGAGGGCUUGGGACCAGGCCGAGGAGGAAGCUCCCAGGUUCAAGUUUGUCCCCAGCCAACACAGCCCUCAGCACCUGUUCUUGGUGAAGUAGUUGGAAUCAGAGCUGCUUUUCAAGAACGAUCUGUUCUCAGGGACACCUGAUAAGGGCCAGGGCAGGCCAGGUGCCAUGGGGCAGCCCCUGGAGAAUGUAGCAUGAACACCUGAGCGGCCAGCUAAGGACGCUCAGCUGUUCACAGGUACUGCUGCUCUGCAUUUAGAAGUAAGAAUUCGCGUGACUGACUUGGGAGAACACCUCUUUGUGUAAUUAGAUCAGCUCUGCUUUGCCAGUCAGUCAGCCACAAAGCAUGUGCAGAGUUCUGCCACAAAAUGCCAACAUCAGGGCAUGUGGUCCAGAGGGCAGCAGCGGGCCUUCUGGCCAUCUGAUACUCUGAGUGAUUGGGGUAUGGAGGACGCUAGAACCUUCCUGGGCUUUGGUGUCUCCUCAUCAGUAGAGCAAGAAUGGUAAGAGUGCCUGCCUCCUGGGUUGCUCAGUGAGCAUUCAAUGAGGAAAUGGCACCAAAUGCUUGCAACAGUGCUGGCCAAGUGGAUGGAUGCUGCCCCAUCCUCCAAGUCACUGAGUCACCCUUACCCAGCUGUUUCUGUCUCAGUGUAUAUGUGCCCUGCGCUGUGUUCACCACUCAUCUGUCCUCUCCCCACCCCCAGAACCUCAGCCCAGGAAGUUGGGGCUUUUUGUCUACUCUGUCACCCCAUGUCCCGCAUCAAGAAUGGUGCCUGGCACAUGGCAGUGCUUGGUAAAUAUUGGCUGAGUGAAGCUUAUGUGCUGGAGUAGAAGGCAGGCCUCAAACAAGAAGUUGCAAUACUUGGAAGAAAAUAAACAGAGAGGACGGAUUGUAUUGCCCAAGACUGUUGUGGGAAGGAGGCUCAGGGAGCAGGUAACAUUUGAGCUGAAGGUCCAGGCAUGAGAGGUGCCUUUUUAGGAGUCAAGGAUGUGCUCCUGGUGUAUGGAACUCAGGUGGGUGCGGCAUCACGGGGUAGGCGGGAGGGAAGACCAGAGUGCGCCAGACCUCACUGCCCGGGAUGAGCCUUCGGGCUUUAUUCAGAGAGUGAGGGGCCCCACGUGUUUGAGCGUUCACUCUGCUGUGAUGCAGACUGUAGGGUAGGCUGGGCGUAGGGGACGCCUGAGCAGCUCUGAGGUAGACAGCAGCAUUAGGGGCAGUGGGGUUAGAAUUUUAGGGGUUAGCUGUUAGGUGCAGAGGUGAGGGUGGGAGGAGGUGCUCUUUUAGUCCUGGGCCCCAAGCCUGCCAUGCCAUCCUCCCAGGCCUGGAACUGUAUCCCCACUCCCACCCCCACUGCAUUUUCUGGCCAGGCUGCACCUCCUGAAAGGCCCUGGGCCCAGCUGGAACCUGCUGCCUCUGGGGGAGGGGUUGUGUUGCCUGUUGCUAGGCACCCAGGUUCCACCUGGCAUUUGCGCAGUCAUGCUGUGCACGCCAUCCUUCCUGCUUUUGCUGCUCCCCCUGGCGAUGCCUUCCCCGAGCUAUGCUUGGUCACGGCCACUGUGGUACCAGGUGGGGCUGGACCUACAGCCCUGGGGGUGCCAGCCAAACAGCCUGGAGGGUUGCAGGGCCAGCCUGGGCUGUCCUGGCCACUGGAUGGGACUGGGGGGAAAGCACAUCUACCCUUUGGCUGGGGUCACACUCAUGUCUACCUUGAUGCUGCUGCUGAUCAGCCGUAAGCUGCUGCAGAGGAGGCGCUUGCAGGCCGCUAAGAGCGAGCCUCAGCAUCCGAAAGCAACCACUGGCCCCCCGGGAUCCUGGAAACGGCACACCCUGAUCUCAGACCGAACCCUACUCAUCGGGGUCCUGCACAUGCUGGACGCCCUCCUUGUCCAAAUCGAGGGCCACCUGCAGCAUCUAGCCACUCAGCAGCCAAUGCAAAUAAAGGGGACUCCCACCCCCAGUGGGUGACCCAACACGUGCCUCUCUCUGCUUGGUGGCCAGCGGGGUGGGGGUGGCCUGUGUGCCUGUUCUCCCAGGCCAGCCUGGACCCUGAACCCCUUUCUACUUUGAGAGCCAGCAGACCUGUUGAGGCCUCAGCGCCCAGGAUAAGUGGGCAGUUGGGGCUCAAGCUGGCUCACACGGCUCCAUUGCCCCCACCAACUAGCCUCUCCUCCCUAAGGUCCCACCCACAAAUAUAACGGCUCUUCUGGGGCGCCUCAGGGGCCCCCAGUGUGGUGGCAGAAAACUUGACCAUCAGGUCAGACUUCCAGGGAGUGCUGCCCAGUAGUGAUAACCUGGCUGAGUCAGAUUAGGCUUCAGGGCCUGCGCUGCGGUGGGGGCUGGAGGGUAAGCCCGGGCUGCCUUCACCCUUAUGGUGUCUCUAACGUGCUCUGGUGCCCGAGUGGUCCUUCCUUCAAGGUCUCCAGAAGUGGCAUGCAGGCUGAACUUCCCCAAAGGGUCCUCACCCUCUUCCCUUCUGCCAUAGGCAGUCCAGGUUGAGUGGAUACUGAGGCCUAUGCAUUUCUAGAGUCUCUGUUUUAUAAAAACCAUAGAACAUUAUGAAUUCAAAAAUAGAAACAAGUGAAUUAAAAUAAUGAGAAAUGAGAAGUUACCAAUGUUAUAAAGUUGACAUACUACAAUGCCAACUCCAGAACAAUAACAUUUGUGGUGACUUCUUGAUACAUUUCUGUAAUACUUUUUCCCCCACAUUCUGACUGCUCACUCUGAUGGCCUCUAUGUAGGGUAAGGAUUUUGUAAUUAAAUAUUUUCCAUACAGAAAACAGAAAAGAUAAUUCGGUCUUCUUUCUAACAUGGUUGAUUGUGAUUUGUGUUUUAGUUAUUAAUAGUUUAGAAAAUUUGUUUCUCUAUUUCUCUCAAUUUGUUAUUGAUGGUGUCACAUAAAUGGCCUGGAUUGUUUUCAAUUUUGAGAAAUCAUCACCAACUUUCUUUCAUAUACAUGCUGACUGAUUUGGAAGAAUUUUCCACAGAUGGGCUUCUGAAUCCAUACAUUUCAAACCUUGUUUUCCCUCUCUGGCCCCCAGUUUUUCCGGCACUGGACACUGUGGGGCAGGUUCUAAAUGCAGUAGGAUCUUGCACUUCUGUCCUGAUCAGGAGUGCUGACGCAGCAGGAGGUCCCUGGAAGCCAUUCCUACACCAGGACAAAAACAAUGAGUUAACCAUGCACAGGAGUAGAGCAAACCACAGAAAUAUUUCCCUCUGAACACAGACCAAGUGCGUCCCUGUACAACAUGAGAAAUGUGCUGCCAUGUCCCCCUUCAAGGAAAGCCUGCUUCUCCCAGCGCCUGAUGAGGCAGCCAGAGGAUAGGUCCGCCUGAGCUGCGGAGAGCCCCAUCCCAACUGGUUUUCUCCCUCCCUCAGAUGCCAAUCUUUUUGUUGUUUUUAAGAUUUUGGGGGGGAA